CGUUCACUCGCCUGCUUGCUGCACCAGCUCCCAAAGACACUCUCGCCACUGUCUGCUGUCGCUCACCAUCCUCGUCCUCAGCAACUCUCUGGUACACCUGAACCAUCUGUGGACAGGCCACGAGUUGAAGCAGGCGCAACUUUGUGUACGACGUGUUGUGUGAGUGUGUGUGUGUGUGUGUUGUCAAGGUUUUUGUUUGGGCACAAGCGAUCAGCCUUCACUCAUCGACAAGCAAGCAAGAUGGCCUUCAAGUUUGGUGGCGGACAGCAGCCUCCGCAGCAGCAGCAACAGCAGCAGGCCAUGCCUGCAUUUGGGGCUGGACAAAAACCAGGAGGUGCGCCUGCUUUUGGCGGCGGCGGUACUGGCGGCGGCGGGUUGAAGUUUGGUGCCCCAAAAGCCGGUAAUGUGGCCACACCCUCCCCUCUGUCAAAGCCUGCCACAACCGCACAACCACAACAAGGCUUCGCCUUUGGCAGCAAACCUGCACAGCCAGGCACAGGUGCACCCGCAUUCGGUGCUCCCAAGACUGCCACUACCACUGCACCAGCGUUUGGUGCUCCCAAGACUGCCACGACCACUGCACCGGCAUUUGGUGCUCCCAAGACUGCCACGACCACUGCACCGGCAUUUGGUGCUCCCAAGACUGCCACUACCACUGCACCGGCGUUUGGUGCUCCCAAGACUGCCACUACCACUGCACCGGCAUUUGGUGCUCCCAAGACUGCCACUACCACUGCACCGGCGUUUGGUGCUCCCAAGACUUCCACAACAACAGCAGGCGCACCCGCGUUUGGUGCUCCCAAGACUGCCACAACAACUGCACCCGCGUUUGGUGCUCCAAAGACAGCCACGACAACAGCAGAUGCGGGGACAAAGUCUACUGCGCCCGCCUUUGGAGCACCAAAGACACAAGCGAGCGGCCCGGCAAGUGGUUCGUCCUCAUCCACAGCUGCUGCACCCGCCAAGCCCGCCUUUGGUGCACCCACUGCGCAAAGUGCCAAGCAGCCACCAAAUGGAUCAAACGCAGACCCAAACAACAUGCUCUACAAGGAGCUCGACAAGGCCCUCGGCAAGUGGCAGAAGGAGAUUACAGACCAGCAUGCGGCGUUCACGGAGGAGGUGACGCAGCUGCGGAAGCGCGAUGGCGAGAUCCUGGCCAACGCCAACCGCAUCAAGUCGCUCAACGACGAGGUGGCACACGUCGAGAAGCAGCAAAAGAAGUUGAAGGGCGAACUGGAGACGCUGACGAAGGAGCAGGAGGACAUCAACGGCAUUCUGGAUGAGCUUGAGAAGAGUGUGCAAGGCAUGGACGUGUCGGGUACCGCAGACCACGAACGCCACCGCAUGGCGGCGACGGCGAUGCAGGUGCACGAGACCAUGUCCAAGAUGCAGGACGAGCUCAUCAAGCUCACAACAGAGGUCAACCAAGGAGCGCACGGGGACGAGGACGACCCGAUGCGGCUGAUCACAGAGACGCUACACAACCAUCUCGCCACACUCACAAACGUCGAGCGCAACAUUGACGAGCUGCAGAACAGGGUGCAGCAUGUAGAGAACAUUCGCGGCGGGCACUAAUGCAGGGCACAGCGCCAUUGCACCCGCGGCAGUGUGUGUGUGUGUGUGUGUGUGUGUGUGUGUGUGUGUGUGUGUGUUUUCCUUGGUGAUUAGGGCGGUGGUUGGCUUGGUGGUGGUUAUGUGACCGGUUUCAGUAUGCGUGUUGUUGCAAUGAAGUCAAAUCAAUACACAAGAACACCCACA